UUCAUCCCAACCCCUUGGCCUAAUCUCUUCUUUUUCCGCAUGCCGACAAAAAACCACAACCAUAAAAGCCCUUCGUUUCUUUCUCUCCUAAAAAUUUCAAUUCUCCUCUUCUUUAAUUUCCAGUUUGUCUUGUCACAACUGGAGUCUAGAGAGGCAUAUAUCCCCCUCCCUUCACUUAAUUUCCACAUCCAUUUUCCUCUUUCUUUCAUAUUACCCAACUAAACUAAACCAGACAAAGCCAGCCCCUUGUAUUAAUUUUAAAUCAGGUGCUCAAUUAGUGCAUAUAUAUAUAGCAAGCGUAUCAUAUCCCUACCAGAAGGAAAUAUUUAUUUGAUGAUGAAAAACCCAGAAUCAAGCCUGCCCCCAGGGUUUAGGUUCCACCCUACAGAUGAAGAGCUCAUCCUUCACUACCUUACAAAGAAGGUGGCCUCCACACCCUUACCCGUUUCCAUCAUAGCUGAAGUUGAUAUCUACAAGUUUGAUCCAUGGGAAUUGCCAGCCAAAGCUGCGUUUGGUGAGAAAGAAUGGUACUUCUUUAGUCCUAGAGAUCGCAAGUACCCGAAUGGCGCAAGGCCGAACAGGGCAGCCGCGUCAGGGUACUGGAAGGCAACAGGAACAGAUAAGACGAUUGUGGCGUCAUUAGGAGGACGCCAGAACGUUGGUGUGAAGAAGGCUCUUGUCUUCUACAAGGGAAGACCCCCUAAAGGAAUCAAGACCAACUGGAUCAUGCAUGAAUAUCGCCUUCCAGAGAAUCCAAACAACUACACCACCACCAGCAAAACCAUGAAGCUCAAAGAUUUAUCCAUGAGGUUGGAUGAUUGGGUUCUCUGUCGAAUCUACAAGAAGUCCAACGUCUCAAGUUCAGCAGCGGUGCUGCCAAUCGAUCAUGAAGAAGAAGUUGAAGAAGAAGAAGAUUUUCUCAAUGAUGUCCUGUUACCAAGCCUGAAAAGUCCCCUUCCCGGCCUUGGUCACAACAUGAGUACUAAUAAUACUGAUCUCAAGCCCCAGAAAUCUUCUUCCUUCUCCAACUUACUAGACGCCAUGGACUACUCAUUACUCACUAGUUUUCUGGCGGAUGGCCAAUACUCUAACCCAACUGGAACCGUACUCCAAUCAACUCCAAAUAGGUUUCCCUGUUCCAGGACUACCGGUUUAGACCAGAAACCGUUGUUCAUUAAUGACCAUUCCAAUAUCAGCAGCAGCAGCAGCGGCAGCAUCAACAGUCAUUUGCUUCAAAAGCUCCCUCAAUUCAAUGGUUUGAACUUCCCAGCAAUCCCAAGCAUCGAAAACCGGCUCAAGCGCCAUGAUCAUCCAAUUGCAGAUGAUCAUGGACUACUAUACCCAUCAAAGAAAUACGUCAACUCUAAUUGCAGUUUCAAUAACGCAACGAUUCAGUCCGACAAUAUCUCUCAAGGACACUUACUCAACCAUUCAUUGUUGAAUCAUCAGCAAUUAGUAUUGAGUAGUCCUCAGUUCCAGUUUCAAGAAUAAAACCAAAAUUAAAUCAAAAAAAUUUAUAUUCAUAAAGAAAAGUAAGAAAAAGAAUAACUAGGGUUGAACAAGCCAAGCUUUGGUCAAGUUCUACAAGUAGAACAUGCUAAGCUAGGGUUGAAUUUGCAGAUGAGAUUUUCACACUGUAGAUAUAUAGGUACUCGGUAUAUGAAUAUUUAUGAGAUCAAUUGGCAGGAGGAUCUUCUUCUUCUUCCUCCCAAUUAAAUGUGAUUCCAAUUCCCCAUCUCAAUCAAUAUUCAACUUGUAAAGUGUAAAAGGAUUUCCACCACUGUUGUCUCAUGUGGCACCAUUUACCACUUUAUUCAAAUUGGAUUUUUUGAGUUAUUUUUAAGUUCAGAUUUUCAAAACUAGGCCUAUCAAACAGAUUAUUUGAGCUUUCGACUCAAAUUUUGUUUUUAAGUUUAAAAAAGUUGGAUUCAAAUAGAAUACCAAACAUGUUCUUACUUUCUCUGUGUUUUACUACUUUCGGUGCCAUCAGCCUGGUAUCAUAGCCUAAUUGGCCAUGGGCAGAAAGGGUGAGCCCUCCACCGGCCCCGUUUCCACCAUGGAUGUGACUCUGGACCUUCAACGAGAUCAGCUCACACCUCACCUCCAAGAUUUUUAGGACACUGUUUCCACCAUCAACGCUACGCUCGCCCAGAUGGGUUCCAGACGGACCUCUCUGAUAUUCAGAAACCUGUCACUACCUUACACUCUCAACAAUCCCAACAUCGACCUUCAAAAAUCGA